AGUUCCUGCUCUCCACUGGUCGUUUCCUGUACCCGUACAGUGUUGUGAGACGGAGAAAGCCAUGUGUGUCGAAGCAAAGAAAAUGACCAUCGGCGGAUGAUUUCGCAGAUGGAUGGCGCUCCAUCCGCUUCGUUCUGAGGAGCUGAACUCUUGAGAAGAGACUGGUGGGGGGAGAGGGCUGAGUGAGGCUGGGUGUGAGCGGGGUGGGAGGGGGGAGAAGGAUCAAAACGACAGCAACAGGCCAGCACCCCCCCUCUGUACCUGUUUCUCUCUCUCUUUCCAGAGUUUCCUUCUAGGCUGUUGCUUUUGCAGGAGCAACCACAUCAAAUUUUGUGUGAUGAAAUUAAUUCUUAUUGAAACAAUAUGCUUUACCUAAAUGUAAUAACUCUGAUCAACUAAAGUGAUUUUUUCACUUAAAUGGACUAAAUUAUCAGCACUGAUCAUUGGUGACUGCAUCUUAGAAAUUCGGAACAUUCUUGGUGCAGUUGUUCCCUUUUUUUUUUUUUUCCCCUCUGAGCAUCUCAUUUAUUGCAAAGUUUUGACCAGCAAUCCCUAGACUGGACUGACACCCUCGAAGUGGCUUUUUUUUUCCCCUCUUAUUUGGGAACAUAAGGACAAGAGACCAAGAUGGCAGACCCUAUCAUGGACCUGUUUGAUGACACACCGCUGUUUAAUCUGGAUGCUCUCCCUGAUGAGGCUUUUUCCCAGGGGUCUUCUGACCCUGUUGAGGAGGCCCUAAAGUUAGCACUGGGACAUGUUGACAUUCCCACGAGUCCUGUCCCUGCCCCUGAUCCUGUACUAAUCUCUGCUCCUGUCCCAGUCCCUGAACCAGUACCAGUUCCAGCUCCUGUCCCAGUUCAGCAGCCAGCUCAGGUUGCUCUCCCCCAGACUGUAACUGUCAGUUCCUUGCCUGUCUCAGCUCAAACAACCCAACAAACUCCCCUCACCGUGGCCAGUAGCAGUGGGGCCACCACAGUCCUGCUGGGGUCACCCCUAGCUGUUCCAGUCUCUGCUGCCACACAGCAGCCUCAGCAGCUAACAGCUAUGGCCCCCCAGACAGCAGCACAAGGUGCCCCCAAGAUUGUCAUUCUCAAGGGUCCCCAGGGACAGACACAACUACUGCAAGGUGUGGCUGGGACUGCAGGCUCCCCAGCUGGAAAAGUCACCAUUGCUAGAGUGCUGACGGGAACACCGCUGAGGCCGGGCAUGUCCUUAGUGUCUGGGGGCACAGUUUUGAAUGCAGCAGCACCUACGCAGGGUCAGGUGAAAGUGGGAACAGGUGUGCAGCGGCUUGUGCAGUCUCCCAACGGGCCACUGAAGCAGGUGCUGCUGACCUCCUUGCCCCAAGCGCAGGGGCAGCCAGCAGUGCAAGUGCAGGCGCAGCCGACGAUGCAGGCGGCAGCCCAGCCCCAAGUGCAGAUGCAGACGCAGCCGCAAGUGCAGGUCACUACUGCAGGAAGCGGUGCUGCUGUCCAGCCGCAGGCGGUCACCCUUACUACAGUCCCACAGCAGGGAGAGGCCAAGAGGAUCACCCUGGUGCUGCAGCAGCCUGCCCAGGCUGGCGCUGGCCAGAGUGGGACUGUGACUGGGAGUGUGGCGACUGUGGCCGGGGCAACAGUGAGCGGGACACCUGUUGGUGGGACAGCUCAGCAGCAACAGCAGCCACGCCUGGUGCUGGGUUCUCUCCCAGGGAAGCUAGUCCUGCAGGGGGGGCAGCUGGCGGCUCUUACUCAGGCUAGGGCAGGCCAACCGGGUGCCCAGCCCAAAGUUUUGACCAUCCAGCUGCAGGUGCAGCAACAGCCCAAUGCACAGGGAUCUAAGUUUCAGCUUGUCUCUGGGUCUCCCUCUGGUGGCAGUCCUCAAGUGGUGCAGAUCUCACAAGGCCAGGGUGGCCAGAGGCUUGCUGUGCCGCUCAAACUGCUGCUGCAGCCACAGGCUGGGUCUACCUCAUCAGCAGGAGGUGCUGUUUCGUUGGUUAAGGUCAUUAACACUUCUGCAGCUGGUGGUGUUGCCACCACUACAACAUCAUCCCUAUCUGCAGCCAGCUCACCAGCUGCGGCACGCUCUCAGAAGGGCUCAGAACCUCUGCGGCGUGUGGAGACUAUGUGCAAGCAGGAGAAGGCAAACAGGAUUGUAGCAGAGGCUAUUGCCCGUGCUAAGGCCCGUGGUGAGAGAAACAUCCCCCGUGUCCUCAACCUCGAUGAACUUCCCACCACAGCUGAGCUCACUGGCUCUGAUAUAGGGGGUGGUACAGCAGGGGGAAAGAAGAAGGGUGGAGGAGGUGGGGGCAAGAAAAAGAAUGACUCCACCCUUGGUGGGAAGAGUGGCUCAGGAGAGAAGAAAGGGAAGGGGAAGACAGCUGUUGGAAUGGCUGGGACAGGAGGAUCUGGGAGUACUGGAGGAAGCAAGAACAAAAGCAAGGCGAAGGCUAACACCAUCACACCAGUCGGGGGGAAGAAAAGAAAGCGAAUGGGCUCAUCGGACCACUCCGAUGGGGAGCUCAGCCCGCCAGCCUCCCCACACACCUUGCAGGAAGACAUGCUGCAGAAGAGACGCUCAAACCGGCAGAUCAAGAGGAAGAAGUAUACAGAGGACCUGGACAUUAAAAUCACUGAUGAUGAGGAUGAGCCAGAGGAGGAGGUGGACGUCACCACAACGACCAUGGGAGCAUCCCUGAGCGUAAGGCAGGGCCAGUCUCUGGGGGAGGAGCUGCAGGAAUAUUCAGGAAUGGAUGGGGAUGGACUUCCCAGCAUGCAGUUCUUUGUGGAAAAUCCCAGUGAAGAAGAUGCAGCCAUUGUGGACAAAGUUCUGUCCAUGAGAAUCACCAAGAAGGAGGUCUCUCCAGGGCAGUACAUCAAUGUGGAGGAGUUCUUUGUCAAGUACAAGAACUACUCAUAUAUGCACUGUGAAUGGGCUACUCUGGAGCAGCUGGAGAAGGACAAAAGGAUCCAUCAGAAGCUGAAGAGGUUCAAAACCAAACAGGCCCAGAUGCGGCAUGUUUUUCAGGAGGAAGAGGAGCCUUUUAACCCAGACUAUGUGGAGGUGGACCGUAUUCUAGAUGAGUCUCACAGUGUGGACAAGGACAAUGGAGAGCCACUGGUUUACUACCUCGUUAAAUGGUGCUCCCUGCCAUAUGAGGAUGCUACCUGGGAGCUGAAGGAAGAUGUGGAUGACUCCAAGAUUGAGGAGUUCAGGAAGAUCCAGGAGCGCCAGCCUCGCUUAAAGAGAACCCCUCGCCCCCCUGCAAACUCCUGGAAGAAGCUGGAGGAGUCCCGUGUUUACAAAAAUGGGAACACACUGAGAGAAUAUCAGCUGGAGGGGGUCAACUGGCUUCUCUUCAAUUGGUAUAACAGGCAGAACUGUAUCCUGGCAGAUGAGAUGGGUUUGGGAAAGACCAUCCAGUCUAUCGUCCUGCUUUCCGAGGUCUUUGCAGCUGGUGUGCAGGGCCCCUUCCUUAUCAUUGCUCCCCUGUCCACCAUUACCAACUGGGAACGCGAGUUUGCCAGCUGGACAGAUAUGAAUGCCAUCGUCUAUCAUGGCAGCCUAGCCAGCAGGCAGAUGAUCCAGCAGUACGAGAUGUACUGCAAAGAUGAGAAGGGCCACUUAAUACCAGGAGCGUACAAAUUUGAUGCCCUCAUCACCACCUUUGAGAUGGUGCUGUCCGAUUGCCCUGAGCUGCGGGAGAUUUCCUGGCGCUGCGUGAUCAUUGAUGAGGCCCACAGGCUGAAAAACCGCAACUGCAAGCUUCUGGACAGCCUCAAGAUGCUUGAGCUGGAACAUAAGGUGCUCCUGACAGGUACUCCACUCCAGAACACGGUGGAGGAACUCUUCAGCCUGCUCCACUUUCUGGAGCCUGCUCAGUUUCCCUCGGAGACGGACUUCCUACGGGACUUCGGUGACCUCAAGACGGAGGAGCAGGUCCAGAAACUGCAGUCCAUCCUUAAGCCGAUGAUGUUGCGGAGACUGAAAGAGGAUGUAGAGAAAAAUCUUGCUCCCAAGCAGGAAACCAUUAUUGAGGUUGAGUUGACAGAUGUGCAGAAAAAGUACUACCGAGCCAUCCUAGAGCGCAAUUUCAGCUUCCUGAGCCUGGGAGCCACACAAAACAGUAACGUGCCCAACCUGCUCAACACAAUGAUGGAGCUGCGCAAGUGCUGUAAUCACCCCUACCUCAUCACAGGAGCAGAGGAGAAAAUUGUGGCAGAGCUGAGGGAGGUAUAUGACCCCUUGGCCCCUGACUUCCACCUUCAGGCCCUGGUGCGUUCAGCAGGGAAACUCGUCCUGUUGGACAAGCUGUUGCCGCGCCUGAAAGCAGGGGGCCACAAGGUGCUCAUUUUUUCCCAGAUGGUACGGUGCCUGGACAUCCUAGAGGACUACCUCAUCCACAAGAGGUACCUGUAUGAGCGUAUUGAUGGACGUGUGCGUGGAAAUCUGCGCCAGGCAGCCAUUGACCGCUUUAGUAGGCCAGACUCUGACCGUUUUGUCUUCCUGCUGUGCACCCGAGCUGGAGGUCUGGGUAUUAAUUUAACUGCUGCAGACACCUGUGUCAUCUUUGAUUCUGACUGGAACCCCCAGAAUGACCUCCAGGCACAGGCCCGCUGUCACCGCAUUGGCCAGUCCAAGGCGGUAAAGGUAUACCGCCUCAUUACCAGGAACUCAUACGAGCGGGAGAUGUUGGACAAGGCGAGUCUUAAGCUGGGUUUGGACCGAGCAGUUUUGCAAAGCAUGAGCAGCAACAAGGACAGCAGUGUUAAUGGGAUCCAGCAGUUUUCCAAGAAGGAAAUUGAGGACCUGCUGAGGAAGGGGGCAUACGCAGCCAUCAUGGAUGAGGGGGAUGAGGGCAGUCGCUUCUGCGAGGAGGACAUUGACCAGAUUCUCCAGAGAAGAGCCACCACCAUAACCAUUGAGAGUGAGGGAAAGGGCUCCACCUUCUCCAAGGCCAGUUUUGUGGCAUCGGAGAAUCGGACCGACAUUGCGCUGGACGAUCCUGAAUUCUGGCAGAAGUGGGCCAAGAAGGCAGAUAUAGACUUUGACAGUAUCAACAGAAAGAACACUUUGGUCAUUGACACACCCAGGGUGAGGAAGCAGACUCGGCAGUUCUCCCUUCGAGGUGAGGGCGGGGCUGACCUCUCGGACCUGGACAGUGAUGAUGAGUACCCACCCCACAACUCCCGACACGCUCGCUCAUCCCGCCGGUCUGACCGCCACUCUGGAGGAGGCUAUGGGCGGACUGACUGUUUCCGAGUGGAGAAGCACCUGUUGGUAUACGGCUGGGGACGCUGGCGGGAAAUCUUGUCCCAUGCAAGAUGCAAACGACGACUGGGUGAGCGUGACGUGGAAACAAUUUGCAGAGUGAUCCUUGUCUUCUGUCUGCUGCAUUACCGUGGUGACGAGAACAUCAAGAGCUUUAUCUGGGAGCUCAUCACACCUCCUGAGAAUGGCAAGGCUCCCCACACACUUCUCAACCACUCUGGUCUCUCAAUUCCUGUGCCCCGUGGGCGCAAGGGGAAGCGGGUGAAGGCGCAGAGCUCCUUUGACGUGCAGAAGGUGGAGUGGAUCCGCAAGUACAACCCUGACUCCCUCCUGCUAGAUGACAGCUAUCGCAAACACCUCAAACACCAGUGUAACAAGGUGCUGCUAAGGGUGCGCAUGCUGUACUACCUCAGGCAGGAGGUGAUUGGAGACCAUGCAGAGAGUGUGCUGCGUGGAGCUGAUGCCAGGGAUGUUGAUAUCUGGAUGCCAGAGAUGGAGCAGCUGGAGGUGCCAGCGUCUUGGUGGGAUGUGGAGGCGGAUCGGUCCUUGCUCAUUGGUGUCUUCAAACAUGGAUACGAGAUGUACACAACAAUGCGAGCAGACCCCUGUCUGUGCUUCCUGGAGAGAGCUGGCCGUCCUGAUGACCAGGCAAUUGAUGCUGAGCAGCACUCCGCUGAUGUUGAUCUUGGUGAUGGUGGAGAAUAUGACAAGUACUCAGAGGACCCAGAGUUUAAACCAGUGAUACGACAGACCAAAGACGCCUACGAGGAGCAGAUGGAUGCCUUGACUCUGGACGAGGAGGUCUGCGUGGUUGACAGGGCUGGGACCAGCACAGAUGAGGUUCCAUCCUCAGGCCAGGCAGGAGUCUGUGAAUGGCCAUCAAGCUCCUCACUCACUGCCAGGCUGCGCAAGCUGAUUACAGCAUACCAGCGCAGCUACCGACGAGAACAACUGAAGAUUGAGGCAGCAGAAAAGGGCGACCGGCGGCGGCGGAGAUGUGAGCAAGCCUCCAAGCUGAAGGAGAUCGCCCGCCAGGAGCGGCAGCAGAGGUGGACUAGAAGGGAGGAGAGUGAUUUCUACCGUGUGGUGUCUACAUUUGGUGUGGAGAGAGUAAAAACAGAAAGUGGUGAACCUGAGAAUGAGGGCGCUCUGGACUGGACCAGGUUCCGAACCUUUGCUCGUCUGGACAAGAAAACCGAUGAGAACCUGAGCCGAUACUUCAGGAGUUUUACAGCCAUGUGCCGACGAGUGUGUCGGUUGCGGCCUGCACCUGGCGAUGAGAUGGCGGAUCAAUCGCUGGCUCCCAUCACCGAAGAGAGAGCUUCUCGCACCCUGUACCGUAUCGGCCUGCUGAGUCGACUCCGUGAGCAGGUUCUGCCCCAUCCUACACUGGAGGAGCGCCUCUUGCUGGUGCAGCCUAGUGCAGAGCUGCCUCCUUGGUGGCGUACACCGCAGCAUGACCGUGAGCUGCUGCUGGGUGCCGAUAGGCACGGCGUCAGCCGUACAGAGCUCUCCAUCUUCCGCGACUCAGAUUUCUCCUUCCAGCAGGCCCGUCUGGACUACCUCCAUAACCAGGCUCGGCCUGCCUCCCGCAGUUCCACCCCUUCACUCCAUGGUUUGCAUGCAGAUGAGGGGCUUAAAGUGAAGGAGGAGGAGACAGAGUCCCGCUUGCUUGGGGAGGGCUUGGGUGCUGGUGCAGCAGGGCUGGACUCCCCUCACCUUACAGACUCCCCCUCCCAAUUCCUCUCACAUCCGGAUGUCACUAUCAGCAAAGCCCGUGGCCGCUGGGGCUGGAAGAAGGGCAAAGGAGAGGGAGGAAGAGGGGGUCGGCACCGAGGAGGGGAAGGAGACAGCAUGCAGUCCAAUUCAGAUUCCGAGUCUGACUCCGACUCCACUUCUUCUAGACGAUCGGGCAGUUCUGAUGAAAGUGGCGAUAGUGAGGCAGAAGGGGACCGGGAAAGAGUUUCAGCUCUGGAACUCCCUACUGAGCUUCCCCGUCCUGGUGCUAUGAAACUUUGUGAUGUGGAUGAGAAUAGCAUCCUGUCCAUGACACCCUCUCAGGAUGGUGCACCCCUUGACACUCUUGGGGACCCAUUGAGAGCUGAUUGGCCCAAAGAUCGCGUACUGAUAAACCGCCUGGAAAGUGUGUGCACAACAGUGUUGACUGGGCGCUGGCCAGUAGGGAGGCGUUACAUUUCCGAACUCCAGCCCAACACUGCUCUGGAGGAGCAGGUUGGUACUGAUGAGCUAAGCUACACACGCCUGAUCCGAAAGGGUGGCCCAUCUGGAGAGAGCACAAAUGUGCAAGACACGGAGUUCACUGUCAAACUGCUGAAGGAGGAGGGGCUGAAGCUGACCUUCUCCAAACAAGCCCUGCUACCCAAUGGCUCUGGAGGCGAGGGCAGUGGCCGUAAGAAGCGCAGGGAGCCAGAGCUGUCAGAGCAGGACUCUCCGGUGCCGGUGGUCCAUGUGGUGACGGGCACGGUGCUGACUGGCGAAAGCGCCCCACGCCGGAAGAACCUGGCUCACUGGCUGAAGGAAAACCCUGAGUAUGAGGUGGAAGGAGGCAUGUUGGAGCUCCUGGAGAACAGCCGCAUGCAGAGGAAGAAAAGGCGAAAGAAGAAGAGUGACAAGGUGAAAGAGGCUUUGGUUUUUACAGGCAGUGAGAAGGUGAAAAUCAUAGACAUGAAAACAGGCAAGAAGCUUGGAGGGGCUAUUGCCCUGCUUGACCUGAAGGAGUAUUUGGAAGACCACCCCAGCUAUGCUGUGUCACCUGAGUGGGCUGAAGCAGUUCGCAGCUCGGGCUUUCUCCCAGAGAGCAUGUUCCAUCGGCUCCUGUCCCAACACCACAUUGUUCCUAAAGGAGGAUGCUAUUAUACCACACCACCCCAAGGCCAAGUUGAGGACCCAUUGCUGGGUGGAGGUGGAAGUGAAACCCUUGUGUCAGAUGGCGCUUACAUGAUGGAUGACGAAGGUCUAGAAGACAGCAGCAAUCUUGCCUCUCGACACUUCCUGACACCACCUUUUGACAUCAAAAUGCAGGGGGGGGCUCUAGAGAUGGAUGGGGGUGACUGCCUGUCACAGGGUGGAUAUGAGAGCUCUGACAGGGAGGCAGCCAUCUUGGAGGAUGUCAUCAUGGCGCCCAAAAACUCAGACUCUUCCUCUAGCUCUGAAGAUUGACCAAGCUUUCCCCACUGAACAUACCCCUUAAGAUCACAACUUUGUUUUCCCAUUAUUUUAUUCUUCAUUCUUAUAAAUGUUGAUUCAUUAUGAAUAGUUUUUGGUUAUUUCUACUUUUUUAUGGUUUUUGGAAAUGAGCUUUUUUUCCCAGGUGAACACCCACUUCCUUUCUUAUUCCUGCUUUUCAUCUUCCCUUACUCCUGCCCCUACUUCUGCCCUCAGUUAUUUCUUGUGCUCCUUCUAGCUGUGGUGGCUGGAGACAUGCUCCCUGGACCUCCUACAAAUUGUGGUAGAGAUGGUGGCUGAAGGAAAAACCCUGAAGUAGCUCCCGUUUUGUCUCUUGCACACAAAUCAUCCCAUUCCCUCAGGGUCCAAGCCCCCAUUUCACUAACCCUUUCCCAAACUCUGAAUGGAGACCUGUACAGAUACCUCUUUGGCAAGACUCAAACCAAUGGUGACUGUAUGUUUGAGUCAAGUGCUACUGAGAAGUUGGUUACAGGCACUAUCAACGUAAAGGUCUUCUCAUUGUGUGUGUUAAUAAUAUUGAAAGCUGUUUCUCUGUCUGGGUUAGACUUCCAGGAGCAGAGAUUUAAAGUAGUGGAUGUACAUUGGAGGGUGUGUAUGGGGUGGGGGGGAAGCUAGUUACUGAACCAGAAUUAGAAAGAUGGGUGUAUUGUACAAUGUAGAAUUGCUCAACUGCUUGCAAAGAUGAGUUGUUUUAUGAACUGACUGUUUCUGUGAUAUGAAUAACAUUCUACAGACUGAUUUAGCACUGUUUUUUUUUUUCUGUGUAUAUGACAGGGAUUCCACUGCCAUGUUUCUUGGUGUACUUUAAGUUAAUUUAAAGAUACGCAAGCUUGCAGUAAAGCUGACUUUGAAGAAUA